GUGUCCCUGCUUCUCUCUUUCUCUCUCCCUCUCCCUCUGUGCGUGAGCGACUGUUACUGAACAUACAGCGACUGUUAGUGAGAGCCAGUCAGGCAUCUGUAUUGUAUCAGAAACCCGUUUAAAGAGCGUCCUCCUUGGCCCAAGUCAGAAUUUAUUCAGGCACUCGAGUUAAACUAGAUCAGCUCACUUGAAGACUGAAGUCGUCCCAGAGCAAAAGAAAUGGACUGUCACAAUGAGGAGUGCAGCCGACCCCAGGAGGAGGAGGACAUCUUGGACAUCCCCCUGGACGACCCCGAGGCCAACAGAGCCGCUGCCAAGAUCCAGGCUGGCUUCCGCGGCCACAUGACUCGUAAGAAGAUGAAGCCAGAGGACAAAACCGAAGGGGAGGAGGUGAGCAGCACUGGGGAUGUGCUCAACAGCAGCCAGGGGGGCUCAGAGACAGGAAGAUCGGGGGCAGUAGAGAGAGACGACACAUCUGUGCCGGAGCAGUGACGCCCCUGUCCUGACCUGGAUGAUGAGAGGGAGAAGAGUCAAGAAGAGGUAGUGAAAGAUGUGUGGCUCAAGCUGGCAUAAGCUGGUUUGCAGGCUUACCUUUUUAAUCCCACCCCAACAAAAUCAUAUCCCUUCCUCCACCUCCCCCCUAACAUGAGUUAGCUUUAGAAAAUGAACAGUUUCGAGGGUGUGUUAUGUGAAAUAUUUGUGAACUUUAACACUCCCUCCCUGCUUCUUCGGCAGCCUCAUCAGUACGGAUAUGUAUGACCCAGAAUUUGCGACUCACUGCAUGUACUUGUGAAAUUUCUGGUACUGUGCUAGUUUUUAGAUGAUGAUCUGUGAAUGUGAAAAUGAAUGUCUGCCAAAAGCUAAACAGGGCUUAUUUUUUGAAUGGAUCAGUGCAAAUAUCCUGUGUAUACACCUUGUAUGCAUCACUUUUUGUGACUGGUGGCUUCUGUUGUUUUUUGAUUUGCCACGUUUUUUUGUUGUUUUUUUUUUUUUUUUGAUGUGCUUGUAUUUUGACCGUUUUCUGACUUGCUUACAAAAACAAUUAAAGCAUCCAAAUCGGCAAAAGAAAAGUAGCUAUGUAUGUUCUAUUUGUUGUUUAUAUCUUUCUGACCAUGUGAUAAGACUUUUCACAACAAGCAUUUUUCUAUAAAUCUGAUCUUCCAGAGCCGUAAGCAUGCCGUAUCUACACUCUUAUCCAGAUGCAUUUUGGUACAGUUUUACCUUAUCCGGUAAUAGUUCUAUAUGUUCUGUUCCUGUGUUGUGCUGCAAGUUUUUUCAGAGCCCUGGUGCUUCAAAAGUUAACUGAGUAGUACCUGAACUUUGGUGUAUAGUCGUGGCAUUAAUAAAUCCAUUCUAACUAUACAGUGAAA